AUGGCUAAAUCAAAUUCGAAUGUCAAGAAGGCUGUCAAGCCCAGAGAUAAUCAGAAAAGGUUCGAAAGACCUGGAGGAAAAUUCAAAAAUAAAACAAGAGAUAAGAAGUUGAAAGCGGGUUUAAAGAGAAUCGAUGAUCAAUACACGAGAGCCGUUUCUUCAGCUGCAGCCACUGAAUACCUACUUCCAGAAAGUGCUGGGUUCUUGGAAGCCGAAGAUGAAAUGGAAAAGACAUUUAAAGUUAGCCAAAGAGAAAUUAAAAGUAGUGUCGACGUCAGCACGGCAAAUAAAGCAUUAGAUUUAUCAUUGAAAGAAUUUGGCCCAUACCAUAUAAAUUACUCCAGAAAUGGUACCCAUUUAUUAAUCUCCGGUCGCAGAGGUCAUGUCGCAUCAAUGGAUUGGAGAAAGGGUGAACUACGAGCAGAAUUGAAUUUGAAUGAAACAUGCCAUGCUGCAACAUAUUUACAAACUGAGCAGUUCUUUGCCGUAGCACAAAAGAAGUACACAUUUAUUUAUGAUCACGAAGGUGUAGAACUACAUCGUCUUAAACAGCAUGUUGAAGCAAGACAUUUGGAAUUUUUACCAUACCAUUAUUUACUUGCCACAGCUGGUGAAACAGGUUGGUUGAAGUACCACGAUGUUUCCACAGGUCAAAUGGUAUCAGAAUUACGCACAAAACUAGGCCCAACGACGGCGAUGACACAAAAUCCAUGGAAUGCAGUAAUGCAUCUAGGUCACAGUAAUGGUACGGUGACACUUUGGUCACCUUCAAUGCCUCAACCUCUAGUACAAUUAUUAUCAGCAAGAGGACCAAUAAAUAGUAUAGCGGUAGAUAGAAGCGGUUACUACAUGGUCACAACAGGCAAAGAUAAAUCAAUGAAAAUAUGGGAUAUUAGGAACUUUAGAGAACUUCAUACUAUAGAAAAUCUUCCAACUCCAGGUACCAACGUAUCAAUUUCGGACACUGGACUAGUUGCCUUAACAAGAGGUCCUCAUGUCACAUUAUGGAAGGAUGCUUUGAAAAGUAGUAGAUCUGCCAGACCAUGCUUUGGUUCUAUGGGCGGUGAUCCAAAUAGGAACACUCCAUACAUGUCGCAUCUCUUUGCUGGAAAUAAGAUAAAUAACAUUAAAUUUGUGCCAUUUGAAGAUCUGUUAGGUGUCGGUCAUGAAACUGGUGUCACAAAUCUAAUUGUUCCAGGUGCUGGUGAAGCCAACUACGAUGCUCUAGAAAUAAAUCCAUAUGAGACAGCAAAACAGAGACAAGAACAAGAAGUUAGAUCUCUAUUGAACAAAUUGCCAGCUGAUACAAUCACGUUAGAUCCAAAUGUCCUUGGUAGUAUCGACAAGAGCGCUUCCAAUACUAGAUUGACAGCAAAGGAUCUUGCAGAACUUACCGUUGAAAAACGGGACCAAAGUAAGGAAAAUAAAGAUAUCCCUGAUGUUAAACCUGAUGUGAAAGGUAAAAAUUCAGGCCUACGUUCUUUCCUACGUAAGAAAACUGCAAAUGUUAUAGAUGAAAGAAAGUUGAGGGUUCAAAAACAAUUAGAGAAAGAAAAGAAGGCUCGUUUGAGAAAACAAAUGGUAGAAAGAGGUGAGAUUGACGAAGAUCAUAAAGAUCUUAUCGAAGAAGCAUUGGGAAGAUUUUCUAAAUAG